UCGACGUGGCCGACGAGCGAUUCAUCUGACAAGGGUGGAGUCGGUGGGCGUAGAAAGAAAAGGGAGAUUACAGGACCGUGCGCGGAGGUUUCGAGCGUAUAUACAGCAACGCAUCAAAGAUGGCACCAAAGAAAAAGAGAGAAGGGAAAAAAGAAAAAAAGAAAAGAACAAAAAAAAGUUAAGUAUAACGAAUAAAACGUCGUCGGAUUGGUAUAGGCAAAGUCAAUGUUCUUGUGCGUUCUUCGAGCGCUGUGCACGCUAUGACACACUGGGCAUGCACCGAGUAGCAGCUAGUAUAGACCGUGAGCAGAAAUAUGGCUGACGGACUUGUGUUGGCCCCUUCUCCGGUGCAUAGUCGAGCCCGGUUACUUGAUCGCGACGGACGCGUGAGGAGCAGCGUCUUGUGGUCGACCCAAAGGGCUCCCAGUCGACCAUGUGCACUAGGAAGAUUUUGAUUUCGGGCCUGGCUUUGGCCUAGGUCCCCCCCACCCCAGUGAAUAUUGGCCAGCACAAUCAUCGUCGUCUUCUUCUUUCCCCCUCCCCACCUUAUUGUCUACCCAAAAGAAAAAAAAAUUUGAGAGACAUGGGUCGACUGGUUCGAUCGCGGUUAAAAGCUGGCAUCAACAUGCGACGCGACUCGUACUUUCUGGUCGUCAGCUGCACCUCGCUCCUGCUCUACGCCAUUUGUUUGUACACGUUCCUUCACUUGAACGGUUACAUUGGUGCCAACAAAUUGGUAGCCGCACCUUCUCCUUCGGCAACCGGGGCCCGUGGCCACUUGGAUCCCAACGCCGCCGAAAAGAACUCGCAGCUCUUCGCCGCCCCCUAUCUCAAGAGCCAGGCCCAGUUUGACGACGGGAAAAUCCACGAAUUCCAGCGCAACGUCGGACAUCCAGUCGACUGGGAGAUGCGGGUCAAAGAAUUGGGUAUUGAAGACAUUGGCGAGUAUUUAAGGGUGGAGCGAGAGAAAAGAGAGCACAUUCAAAUGUUGCUGGAGCAGUCCGGACCAGCCCAAACGGCAGUGACCAAGCGAGGUCCGCCGCGGAAGACGGAGCAGCGCCGGUUGCUGGCCGAAAAGCAGUUGAUGAGCGACAAACUCUUAUCGAAAGAAGAAGAAGUUCAGGGUGGCGAGGAGUCGGUGUGGCGGCGGAUAAGCCGCUCAAUCAACAGUUCCAACGUCGUCGGCCAUGCGACUGCCGAAGUGAAGAAAGCGGGAAACAACGAGAGCGUCGUCGAGAACAAGCCGCAGCCUCUGUUCCCCACGGAUCUGUUCACGCAAGAGGAGCGCCAGCGUGGCGCCGUCGUCUUCCACGUAGCCGGCGUCGUCUACAUGUUCGUCGCCCUGGCCGUGGUCUGUGACGAAUUCUUUGUGCCGUCGCUCGACGUCAUCAUCGAGAAGCUGAACAUCCCGGACGACGUGGCCGGCGCCACCUUCAUGGCAGCAGGUGGCAGCGCCCCGGAGCUCUUCACCAGCGUCAUCGGCGUCUUCGUCUCGUUCGACGACGUCGGCAUCGGCACCAUCGUCGGCUCGGCCGUCUUCAACAUCCUCUUCGUCAUCGGCAUGUGCGCCCUGUUCAGCAAGACGCUCCUGACGCUGACGUGGUGGCCGCUCUUUCGUGAUUGCACCUUCUACAGCAUCAGCCUCAUCGCCCUGGUUCUCUUCUUCAUGGACAACUUGAUCGUCUGGUGGGAGGCGGCACUUCUCCUCCUCCUCUACGCCGCCUACGUCUCAUUCAUGCGCUGGAACGAGGAUGUCGAGAGAGUGGUCAAGCGCUUCCUCUACCGUAACACCAUGCCUCGCAUUUCUUCGACUGAUCAUCUCGUUUCUGCUAACAAUGCAAGCAACCGAGGUCCUCCAAGUCAAGUGUCGGUAAGCAGUGGCGGCGGUGGAUCUUCAGGAACCACUGGAAACACGGCUGCAGGUACGAACGUCAAUGACAGAAGUCGUGCCGCAAGUGCUGGCAUACGAGGUUCCAAGUUUCGCCAUGGACUUCUCACGUUAAUGAUUCACAGCAUUGACCCCAUGCAUGACGGAGGUCAUGUUGACGACAAGGCAAACAAAUUACAUGCCAUCGCUUCAUUGCGAGUGUUGUUGGAUGCUACCAAGGAGCAGACAGUAGCCAAUGGCCGUGAUCCAAACGAAGAGUUUUCCAACACUGGGCGCUCUGAGAUGACUCCCGUCGAAUCGUUCAUUGUCAGCGAAGCAACGGCAGCGUCCGCCUCAGUUUCUGCGGCUACAGCCGUACUUACAAAAACGGAAGCCGGUGUUUCGGCAGUAGUGGAUUGUACUUCAAUGUCGAACCGACAAGAUGUUAAUGGUGCCAUUGGGGGUACCGAUGGGGCUGGUGAGGGAGGUGGUAAUGGCGACGAUGAGGUCAUCAAACCUCUUGACCUGUCUUGGCCGGAAGGAACUCGUAAACAAUUAACAUACUUAUUCCUGGCGCCCAUAUUAUGGCCACUGUGGCUGACCUUACCCGACACACGAACUCCACAGGGGAAGCGGUUCUUUGUCGUAACCUUCAUUGGCAGUAUUCUUUGGAUUGCUGCCUAUUCGUAUUUGAUGGUUUGGUGGGCUAAUUUGACCGGUGAAACGGUUUACAUACCUCCAGAGGUUAUGGGUCUAACAUUUUUGGCUGCUGGCACUUCGAUCCCUGAUUUAAUAACGUCGGUGAUCGUGGCAAGAAAGGGUUUGGGAGACAUGGCUGUCUCUUCUUCAGUUGGAUCAAAUAUUUUUGAUAUUUGCGUCGGUCUACCGCUUCCAUGGUUACUAUAUUGCAUCAUAAUCGGCAGCCCAGUGCAAGUGAGCAGUUCGGGAAUGGCCUGCUCUGUUCUCGUGCUUUUUGGUAUGCUGUGCUUUGUUGUGCUGAGCAUUGCGUGCUUCCGAUGGAAAAUGAACAAGGCCCUAGGAGUUACCAUGUUCCUAUUCUACUUUGUUUUUGUCGCCGUUUCGCUUGGAUUUGAGUAUGGUACAAUAAGUUGUCCGGUUUAGGUUAUUCUGCCGAUGAUCUUCUAAUAAUUUCUAACCGAAGUGUUUUCAUCGAAUUUAAACAGAUAAUUUUCUUGGUUUAUAAGUUUGCAUUAAAUAAGCAUAUAAGUUUUUUUUGUUAAAUAUUUAUGAGAAGUAACUUUUUGUUGGUACUAAAUGGUUGUUACAUAUUUCUUUGCGAAUUUAUUCGAUUUUCCCUUCUAUUCUUCUUGUUUGUAAAAACUAUAGAGUAACAAAGAUAAGCAGUAGGUUAUUUUCGCCACGCUCUUCCUAUUUGGCCCAUCUGCCUCUAUCUUAUUUAAUUUCCAAUACCGCCUUUUGAAAUUUCAGUUUCACAUGGUCUCAAUUUCCUGGGACAGUAACUUUCGUGGAAUAAUUAAUAUUGACGUACUAUAUAGUCUGAACUCCGAAGUAACCGUUUUCUAAAAAAAAAGGAAUGUGCAUCUGAUGUUACAGGAGCCUAUGGCGCGAUCCGAGAUCCAAACAAAUUGAAUCAAGCUACUCUUUUUUGUUCAAAGGCAUUGAAAUAUUCUCUACAAUUUGAAAGUAGGCCUAAUAAGAAAAAGACACAAAUUUUGUAAGUAUAGCAAUGCGCAAAAACUGGGAAAUUUAACUCUUUUUCUAUCACGCGAAACGACUGUUAAUAAGCAAUCCGCCAGCUUAAGUAGUAAAAUAAAUCUUUUUUGAAGAAACCAUCUUCUGAAAAGGAAUUCGGAAAGAGACUUCAAAAAUAUCCGAGACGGAUCCCAUAACCGCUAAGCGUUUAUCGGCGGCCAAAAAGAAGGAUUUUGUAUAAAUAAUUUUUUAAAUCCCAAAUAUCGCACAAUUCGGAGGGAACGAGGCUUUCUGAUUCCUUAAUUUUUAUCGAUUUUAUUUUCCGAAUAUCUUCUAAGCUGUAACAAAUUUAAAUCCUAUGUCUUUAAGCAUUAGAAUCGCCUUGUGAUUUUGUACAAGGUAAACCCGUUCCACAUUGUUGAAGUCCAUUCCCCUUUGAUUAUUUUUCAAAAACGACUUGAUUUACCACUUGAUUUGCGGACUGCUUGUUAAAAAUCUGUUACCAUGAAUGAAACAAUAUUACUUUUACAGUUACAUUUACUACAGUAUCGUUAUUGAACUGUUGUACGCUAAUAUUUUUUUUGUAGUAAUACUUAAAAAAAAUGUAGUUCUAAAAUUUUUCGUUUUUCAUUCAUUUUAACCGAAGUGAAAUCUAAAAGAUGAUCUUUUAAAAAUUUCAUCUAGCUUUUAGCAAUUAAUUCUUGUUCGAUUUCUCAUUUACUUGAUAAUGGUGUUUUGCAAAACCCUUGUAUCGCACAAACUAAACUAACUUGUUCAAUUUCUUCGGUAUUUUGGAUCAACAAAUGAUGAUUUCAGAUUCUGAAAUCACACACACACGCAGACAGGAGUAAGAAAAAUUAAAUAUCAAACCAUGACAGUUAUAACAGGACUUUUUAUAAUGAACUAAAUUGCUAAUGAGUUUUAUUUAAAGUAGUUGAAUCCUUCCUUGUGUAGAUGCCCACUAACUAUAAGAAAUUUCUAAUGGGAAAGUUGUAAGCAAUAACACCAUCUUACUUAUCGCGCACUACUAAUUUGAUUACUUUAAAUUUCAUUGAAAUAUAUAAUCAUUUUUUUUGUGUUGGCAUUUUUCAUUUAUUUUGGUAAACUGUCUAGUUAACUAGUAUGUGUGACAAGAAUUUUUACUUCAUUUAUUGGAAAUAGGGGUAGCCUGUUUUCAGAUAAUAUUCCUCCAGACAUCGAUGGUCGUAUUUUAGAACUGGAAAGUAGACAUGUGAUUUUUCGAUAUCCUUCAUAUUCUAGAUCAAUUUGUAAAGCCCCUUCUUCUUUCGAUUUUAACUCGAUAUCUUGUUAUUGUGUACGUGCAACGGAGAGCGGAAAUGGUGAUUAACAACAAGUCAUUUUUUGGGUCAAAAGCAAUACACAUGGAAAUUCAGUAGGUA